GACAUCCGAUCAAAAUCAUUAACCUUACAAGUAUUAAUCGGCUAGAUUGAUAAUCGCCAUAAAGUGUGCAGCUCUCGACGAUAGCAGUAGGAGGAAAACGGAAAGUGUAGUGUAAUAGGAUCACCUUCGGUGCGCAACAGCAGCAGAAGCAGCAGCAGCAGCAGCAAAAUACUUAUAACGGUUAUGAGACACACGAGAAGGAAGGGAGGAGGUGAUUUGAAUCCGCUUUUUGCAACGGAUUGUGUGCAAAUACACAUACCCCUCCGCGGACCCCACGCGCAAGGACAAUGGGGCAGCAUACAGACACAUUCAUCCAAACACACAGACGCAUAUACAGACAGAAAAGAAAGAAGAAGGAACAAUCUCUUCCCCUACAUUCAAUCCGAGGAAUAGAAGGUAAUAGUAGUGAUAAGGAAAAGAAGCUGGAAAGCGUUCCAAUCCCACUGUCUGUGGGAGAGAUUCGGAAAGGGGGGACUGCUGGUGGCCAUUAGUAGUAGGGGGGGGCGGAGGUUUUGUGUAGAAACAGGCAGAACAAACGCCUACAGGACAAAUGGCGCAGUGUCGGCGCAGCAGACAGAAAAACACCAAUACCACCCCCAAAACAGCAUCUGCUACAGAACACCGUCAAUAAUUAACCAAAGUUUUGCACGAGUUUGCGAGCAAUUGUGUCAAUCCAGGAUUGAGCUGUUUCGUGUUUUCUAGCAGAAACCGUAAAAACGGGACAUCGGAACUAGUGAAUGUUUUCUAAUGAACAGGUUGCGGAAAUUCAAUGUAGCGAAACAUAAAACCCAGACAAGAGAGGAGAAACGAUUGUUUAGGAAGCACACAUGUGGCAUAGAAAUAAAGUUGCGCCAACGCGCGCAGAUUGCGCGAGAUUCGUAAUACAAUGCUGCAGCAACAGAAUCCAUUCGAAACGGAAAGACGAAUGCGGAAGCGGAUGCAAAAUGCAUUUCGAUGGGCGAUCAAGAGAAGGGUUGAGAAAGAGCACAAACCCCGGAUGUCACCAGCCGGUGGUGAUGGUGUGAAAAACGACUGUUUCAAACCGUUUUUUGCAAAGGCGAAACACGCAACAACAACAACAAAAAAACAUAGUAAAUCAAACCUCCAACAAAUAAAUGAACCCAGUUUGCUACUACUGCUACUACUAAACUCUAAAACAGAACAAAACCUAAACUAAACUACCGAAUGUACCAUGUACGAAACUUUGUAUAGAACGUCCUCGCCCUUCCUUCCCUUUGCAAAGAAAAAUAGAACACAUGAACUACUGGAGAAAACACAGAACUUAAACCGCGGUUGUUAGCAGUGAAAUGGAAGAUACAAAAAACUACAAGAAACAAAUAAUGCAGUUCACUCCCGUUUAGAAGUAGAAACUGUAUCACCGUAAGACAUGCUUACCGGCACAAUGAUACACACCAAGCAGAAAUGAAGAUUAAAGUGAAAUUAUGUUUCUUUUACUUUGCGUGGAGUGGAGUGUCACACAUCGGGUGAGUUUGUGGCCAUACAAUUUACGAUUGUUAAUUCAUAUCGAUUCAAUCUUUAUGAUGAACCCUCCUUUUUACGAAAGCGAAAUCGUUACCACGUUGUUGUGCUUCUAUUUCCACACAAUCUCGAAGAACGAGAAGGGACUUUAUUUAGUUCGGAAGCUCUCCCAGUGCUCUACAAUAGCUGCUGGUAUGCGUCGUUCAAUCGCAUCGGAAAUAUUAAACCAUUUCGGAGACAUUUAUGUGACUGUUUAAAUGAUCUAUUCAAGAUGAAAUUUAAUAAGCAACGCAAACACGACGAGAACUUCUUUCGUACGUGUGUUGCCGUGCUUCACUGUUUCGUACGAAUCGAUGUUACUUUACGGGAGUU